AAGUCACAUCCCCUGAGCCUCUGUUUUCCCAUCAGUAAGGUGGGUCUCAUAGGGCCAAUCUUAAAGAGUGGGAGAAAUGGAUCUCCAAAAUGUCAAGUGUAGUUCCUGGCACACAGUAGGAGUUUCAGAAGCUCUGCCUUUAUUUUCCUCCCUCUCCAAACUGGAAAAAGAGAAUCUGAGCUCCUAGCCACCCCACUGGGAGUUCUAGAAGGAAGUCAGGAGGAACCUCCAGGCCUAGGGCUAACUCAGAAGGGGGAUUCUUGGUAGGCUGUGGCUAUCUGGGAAGGCUCCCUGGAGGAGGAGUUUUCAGAGCUCUAUGAUGCACACGUUGUGCUCACAACAGUCAAUGUGGGAUUAGAGGGUGUUCAGCCUGCUUUGAGGCCAUGGCCACAGGCUGGCAGCUUCCAGAAGCAAAUCCAGCUACCGUUAGGCAUAAUUUGAUUACUGGGUGGCCCAGACUGGGUUCUAAAUAGAUUUGAUUUUAAAGUCAACAUUGACAAACUUGCAGAUUUCAUGUAAAAACCUGAGGUUCUGCUUCUCUCAAGAAAUUGGAAGCUGUGGCUCUUUGCGGUCCCAUCAAGACAGGCUCCCGAUAAGUCACCGUCCUAAGCCCUGCCCUCCCUCCUGCCAGCUGCCUGUCUGGCCUGGGCAGCGUCUGAGUUGAGGACUUGGGCACAGGACAAGAUACGGAGCCACGUCGCUUUGCUGGGUCUGAGCCGAGCUGUGACGUAGUCCCUGCAGCUGCCAAUGGUUGCCAGGGCAACGGUUGCUAGGGGCUUCUGUCACCUGCGCCCCUUCUCCCACGCUGGCGGCUUCGGCUUCUCAGCCUCUCUUCCCUGGCUGUCCCCUUUGUUUGGAGCUCCAGUGAGGGAGCAGUGGCUGGGGUGGCCCAGCUUCAAAGUCUCUGUCCUCUUGAAAAGAGGUGUGGGACAUUGACCCACCAGCAAAGGAGAAGCCCUCGUCUGCCGUGCACAUUCUUAAUGUAGAGACAGUAAGUCCACUUGACGCCACAAAGGAGCUCAGGUGGUGACUUCCAAGAGUGACUUCGUGGAAGGAGGAUGACUGCCCAGUGGCUCCUGCAGAGGCCACUGCUCCUGCUGAGUCUGCUCUUCCUGGUCCAAGGUGCCCACAGCAGGGGCCACAGGGAAGACUUUCGCUUCUGCGGCCAGCGGAACCAGACACACAGGAGCAGCCUCCGCUACAAACCCACGCCAGACCUGCGCAUCUCCAUCGAGAACUCCGAGGAGGCCCUCACAGUCCACGCCCCCUUCCCUGCAGCCCACUCUGCUUCCCGAUCCUUCCCCGAACCCAGGGGCCUCUACCACUUCUGCCUCUACUGGAACCGACACGCUGGGAGAUUGCAUCUUCUCUAUGGCAAGCAUGACUUCCUGCUGAGUGACAAAGCCUCUAGCCUCCUCUGCUUCCAGCACCAAGAGGAGAGCCUGGCCCCGGGUCUCCCGCUGUUUGCCACCUCUGUCACCUCCUGGUGGAGCCCUCAGAACAUCAGCCUGCCCAGUGCCGCCAGGUUCACCUUCUCCUUUCACAGUUCUCCCCACACGGCAGCUCACAAUGCCUCAGUGGACAUGUGCGAGCUCAAAAGGGACCUCCAGCUGCUCAGCCAGUUCCUGAAGCAUCCCCAGAAGGCCUCGAGGAGGCCCUCGGCCACCCCUGCCAGCCAGCAGUUGCAGAACCUGGAGUCGAAGCUGACUUCCGUGAGGUUUGUGGGGGACACAGUGUCCUUUGAGGAGGACCGGGUCAAUGCCACUGUAUGGAAGCUCCAGCCCACCGCCGGCCUGCAGGACCUGCACAUCCACUCCCGGCAGGAGGAGGAGCAGAGCGAGAUCUUGGAGUACUCGGUGAGGCUGCCUCGAUCGCUCUUCCAGAGGACCAGAAGCGGGAGGCGGGAGACUGAGAAGAGGCUCCUCCUGGUGGAUUUCAGUAGCCAAGCCCUGUUUCAGGACAAGAAUUCCAGCCAAGUCCUGGGUGAGAAGGUCUUGGGGAUUGUGGUGCAGAACACCAAAGUGGCCAACCUCACGGAGCCCGUGGUGCUCACCUUCCAGCACCAGCCACAGCCGAAGAAUGUGACCCUGCAGUGUGUGUUCUGGGUUGAAGACCCGACACUGGGCAGCCCCGGGCAUUGGAGCAGUGCUGGGUGUGAGACCAUCAGGAGAGAAACGCAAACGUCCUGCUUCUGCAACCACCUGACCUACUUCGCAGUGCUGAUGGUGUCCUCGGUGGAGCUGGACGCUGUGCACAGGCACUACCUGAGCCUCCUCUCCUACGUGGGCUGUGUCAUCUCUGCCCUGGCCUGCGUCGUCACCAUCGCCGCCUACCUCUGGUCCAGGGUAUCCCUGCCAUGCAGGAGGAAACCUCGGGACUACACCAUCAAGGUGCACAUGAACCUGCUGCUGGCCGUCUUCCUGCUGGACGUAAGCUUCCUGCUCAGCGAGCCAGUGGCCCUGACGGCCUCGGAGCCCGGCUGCCGUGCCAGCGCCAUCUUCCUGCACUUCUCCCUGCUCACCUGCCUCUCCUGGAUGGGCCUCGAGGGCUACAAUCUCUACCGACUUGUGGUAGAGGUCUUCGGCACCUACGUCCCUGGCUACCUGUUCAAGCUGAGUGCCUUGGGCUGGGGCUUCCCCAUCUUUCUGGUGACGCUGGUGGCCCUGGUGGAUGUGGACAACUAUGGCCCCAUCAUCCUGGCUGUGCAUAGGACUCCAGAGAGUGUCAUCUACCCUUCCAUGUGCUGGAUCCGGGACUCCCUGGUCAGCUACAUCACCAACCUGGGCCUCUUCAGCCUGGUGUUUCUGUUCAACACGGCCAUGCUGUGCACCAUGGUGGUGCACAUCCUGCGGCUGCGCCCCCACACCCAAAAGUGGUCACACGUGCUAACGCUGCUGGGCCUCAGCCUCGUCCUUGGCCUGCCCUGGGCCUUGAUCUUCUUCUCCUUUGCUUCCGGAACCUUCCAGCUUGUCGUCCUCUACCUUUUCAGCAUCAUCACCUCCUUCCAAGGCUUCCUCAUCUUCCUCUGGUACUGGUCCAUGCGGCUGCAGGCCCAGGGCGGCCCCUCCCCUCUGAAGAGCAGCUCCGACAGCGCCAGGCUCCCCAUCAGCUCGGGCAGCACCUCGUCCAGCCGCAUCUAGGCCUCCAGCCUACCUGCCUGCCUGCAUGAGGAAGCAGAGACUCGGUCUCAUGUCACACUGCCAGUGGCCCCUGAGCAGGGCCCGGCCCCAGGCCGGUGGGAAAGCCCGAGGACCAUGGAUGGAUGGGCUGUUGCCAUGGCGGAUGGGCUCCCGGGCUGGGCUUUCUCAAUGGGCCUUGGGGACUACUCGGCUCUCAUUCAGCUCCCAAGGGGCUCAGGAGCUUGCCACCAUGCUGGCUGGGGGACUGUCCCCACAUCUGUCCUAAUCCGGGUGGAGGCCUGUUCUCUCCCCACCACCCCAGGCCCAGCCUCGUUGCUGGGAGCCGGGCCUUGGAUCUUGAGGGUCUGGCACAGCCUCUGCCCCUGCCUGGGACAGAAACGUGGCUCCAGCUGCUCUGUCUCUCGUGAUCACCCUGAGGGUGUUCUGCAUCCUCUGUCAUUUUAACCUCAGGUGGCACCCAGGGCAAAUGGGGCCCCGGGCAGAGCUUCAGGGCCAGAGCCCUGGGGAAGGAGAAGCCCGUUGCCAGGAGCACAGCAGCAGCUCGCCUACCUCUGAGCCCAGGCCCCUCCCUCCAUCACCUCCCAGCCCUCCCUCCAUCUUCCCCGGGGUUCUCCUCUCCCAGGGCCUCCCCGCUCCUUCGUUCACAGCCUGGGGUCCCCUAUUCCAAUGCUGUUUUGUGGGGCGUGGUUUCCAGGAGCCGCCUGGUGUCUGCUGUAAACGUUUGUCUACUGCACAAGCCUUGGCCUGCCCCUGACCCAGGCUCAGUACAGAUGCCUGAGCUGGGCAGGUCCCUCUGUCCGUCUGGGCCUUCUUCUGAGCUGCAUUGCCCCUGCGCACCCUGACUAAGCACACACCUCACAGGGGCCACGGCCUCUCCUGAUGCCCUCUUGUGGCAAGAACUGUGGACCAUGGCAAUCCCACCUGGUUUGCAUCCCAGCACUCCAAGGACAGAGACCAACCUCCUCUGGUGACACUGGCCUAGAGCCAACCCCUAAGACCCACAAAUAGCUGCAGGCACACUCAGCCCCCAUCAUGGUUAAUUAUGUCCAACAAACACACGUGGGUCUAUUGCUGGCCUGUGCUAGGUGGUAGGGACAUGGAUGACUGACUUGGUCACUCCCCCUGCCAACCCUCAGCAUGGUAUGUGAGGCAUGCAUGAAGCAAGAGCUCCAGGAGCUACAGACACGAGGAGAGGGAGCCAUCAUUCCUGGCUGGGAAUCCCGGAAGACUUCCUGCAGGAGGUAGCGUGUCAUCUUGACCUUAAAGAUGGGAAAGAUGGUCUUUUUAGUACCCAUUCUUUUGUCUUUUGAUAUUAAAAAGAAGUACAUGUUCAUUGUAGAGAACUUGGAAACUGUAGAAGAGAAUCAAGAAGUAAAAUUAAAAUCAGCUGCCGUUAUCACCUAAC